UAGAGCGGCGUCGCGAGGCGUCUGAACAUCUUUCUGCGACUCCUCUGUUUUGAAAGCUGCGUGCUGUGUCGGGUGAUCAACUUGGAGCCGACCGAACACGUUGUUUACAGUCGUUGUCAUACAACCAGCAUCAUGGACGGCGGAAUGACGGUAGUCUCCAAUCCCACUGUGAAUGUGCGCCUCACAAACACCAUCUCCUCCUUUGAGUCGAUGCGCAGGUUCAACAGAGGCAUUAGUAUAGCAGAGCUAAAGGGAAAAUUGGAGAUGAUUGUGGGCGCAUCUCCCUCCUGCAUGGACCUGGAGUUGUUCAGUGUUUCUGACGUGUUCCUGCAGAAAAUAGACAACAAUGAAGCUUUGCUGGGUUCCUAUCCUGUGGAUGAUAACUGCAGAAUACAUGUUAUUGAUAGAAGUGGCCAGAUCAACGAGUUCACUGAUGUUUCCAAAGUGGAGAAGUUUGAACUCCCCGACGACGCCUAUGAUAAGAGAACCGACUCAGCAAGGUCAUUCAUGAAGAAACAUGGUGUUGGUCAUUUCAAUGAGGAAGAAAUGGCCAAGAAGAAAGCUGAUCUUGCUGCUCGGAUGGCUGAGCAGAAGGCUGCUGCUGAUGUUCUGUCUGUUGGCAGCAGAUGCAAAGUGCAGGUCCCUGAGCAGCCCAUGAAGCUGGCCACAGUCAUGUAUGUUGGUACAAUGGAUUUUAAGCCAGGCCACUGGGUUGGUGUGAAGUACGAUGAACCCCUGGGGAAGCACGAUGGAACUGUUGCCGGGAAGAGAUACUUUGAAUGUGAGAACCAAUAUGGUGGAUUUGUGAAGCCCCUGAGUGUGACUGUGGGAGACUUUCCUGAGGAGAAUUACGAUUUGGAUGAGAUGUAAGACUGUAAUGUGACAAAUGUGGCCGAUUCUGUUAUGGCGGGAACCUCAAGAUGCUUCAUUCACCAAUUUUUGUUUUGUGCUACUCUGGAGGGUAUGAUCUAGAGUGGAGUCAAAAGGUCGUCUGGUUUAAGUUUCCUCUCACCAACGCCAACCCAACCUGGUAGAUGUGACUGUCGGGUAUUACAUCUCUCAGUGGGAUGAAUAUGAUGAUAGUUUAGGAUAUUUUUCCUAACAUGGUUUGCAUGUAAGCAGCAUAAUCAACGCGAUAUGAAGUCUUCCACUACAUGUACUUCUGUUCAAUUGAGAUUUCCUCUCGUAGUACUUAUUGCUCCCACGCAUUCUCAACAUAGCAGUUAAAUAUUUCAUCUUGAAACGUCUAUAGUGACAGUUUUGAUAACUUAAUUCCUUCUCAUUUAGUUGGUAUCAAUUUGAACAAAGAUGAUUGUAAAUGUUUGUAGUUAACUGUUUUAAGGAUGUUUUUUUUUCUGUGACGACUGGAAAUUGCGGAGUUAGUGUUUAAAGGAAAACGCCUCCUACAUAAUUCACAAACUGGCCUUUUACCGGAUAUUCCAGACUAACUUGACGUCACAUGCAUACCUCGAAUUGGGUAAAGCUGGAGAAACAUUUUCCAAUCAAUAAAUAAGUUCAGUGCUUAAUAGUCAAACUCAAUCCACUAUAUUUUUCUCAGUUUUGACAGUCAAUACAUUCACAGUUGAAGAGGAGAGAACAAUAAAUCUCCAACAAUAGCCUCAAUAGUCCGCAGUGCAACAAAGCUGUUGAGAGCUCCAGUAGUGCACAAUGUCUGGAAUAUAUUUGUCAUUUUGUAAAACUAUGUAACACCCAAAUGAAAAUAAUUAGCAAGUCCCUUUUUACUGACACAUUUUCUCUCGUUAAAAAUGUAAUUGUGUGCAGUUGAAUGUGUCCUAGUUAUAUUGAAAAAAAUCCCAUCAGAAGUCCUCAAUCUAAUAUUAAAUUUGACAAUUUAAAAUAACAUCACAUUAGUGGAAACUAAUGCAGUUCCACUUUAGCACGACACAUUUUAUGCGGUUUAAUUGCAACCUUUGUUGGCAGUUUUUAUUCAUAUCCUUCAGUUUGUGAUCCGUUGGGUGGCUUAAAUAAUGGUCAUAUAACGGGAUGUUGAGUUCUAAAGUACAUUUGUUUCGCAUAUGUUCCAUUGUAUGUAUAAUUUCAUUAAAUAAGUUUGCCUAUUAAAUAAAUAUUUGAAAACAAGUCAAUGAAAUGUUCAUUCCAGUUAACUGACCCAACACUGCUUUUGAAAAUGAAUGACAUGCCUUAUUUAUAAUUUGAUUUAUGUUACUGGUCCAAAACUGACACUCUUGCAACUGCUACACGGUUUUUCAUCUGAAGUUUACAGAAUAAAUGUUAAGUAAUUAUCUUUGUGGUUUCUUUUCAAUGCAAUGCCAUUACUUUUCUUUUGCUUUACAAGAACUGUUUAUUUUCCACGGUGCUGGUAUUACUAUGUGCUCAAGAGUAAUGCAUAUUAAUAAAAAUGAUUUGCCAGUU